AUGUCGCCCCUGACGUCGGAGCCACUGGGCAUCUCGCUGCCGCCUCGGGACACGAACGCCAUCUCCGUGUCCAUGCCCGACUGGGAGCACGUCGUGGGCUACGAGGAAGGUCGAGCGGAGGUGCUGGACGCCAUGGCGUGCGGCUACCCUCGCUUCUUCCGCCACCCGUUGGUGGUUGCGCUACAGACCGCUACUCAGAAUCAGAUUUCCCCCGACGACGACGUCAGCCAAUGGGAGGUCAUGACAGUACCAACCUCUGACGCAGCGGAGCGUCUCCGCCACUUCCUAUUGGCCAGCAAUUCUGAUUCGGUCAACAGUGAUGAGGUAUCAGUCCAUGUCGUCAAGAACGCCGUCCACGCUUUACGCUUCCCACGCCGCAUCAGCCUCACGGCCAAGCAGUUCUGGCAACACUCAGGAGAGAUCGUGGCUUCCCGCCACGCCGAAAAGCUUCUCCAAGUGCUCAAGAGCGAUGGAGAAGUGAAGAGUCCAGCAGUUAGAGGUACAGCCAGCCACUUAGCGCUCAGACAGCGCAUUUCGAAGCUCUACUUGCCCUCUGCAGACGCUAACAAAGUGGCUCUAUACCCUACUGGUAUGGGAGCCAUCUUCUCCACCGUGAGACUCAUACAACAGCUUCGUGGGUCGGACUACAAGAGCAUCUUGGUGGGAUUCCCCUAUGUUGACACUUUGAAGAUUCUGUCGAGAAAAGAGUGGUGUGCUCAAGGAGUUCACUUCUUCCCCACAUGCGGAGAAGACGUAAUGCAGCAUAUUGAGGCGAUUGUAGCCAAGGAGAAGAUUCUGGGCAUUUGGACCGAGUUCCCCAGUAACCCACUGCUGUCUAUGGCAGACCUUAAGCGACUGGCGAAAUGCGCUCAUGACAAUGGCACUGUACUGGUCGUAGACGAUACGGUGGGGUCCUACAAUGUCAAUACGAUGAAACAUGGCUGCGCAGACCUCGUGGCUACCAGUUUGUCGAAGAUUUUCAGCGGUACUGGCAACGUUAUGGGCGGGAGUGUGGUGCUGAACCCGGAGAGUCCGAAAUUUAAGGAACUCGAGGCGAUUUUCGACCCUGAAAAUGACUCUUUUAUCGUUGAGGACGACGUGGAGACGCUGUUGGAACAGUCCAAGGGCCUACACGAGCGUCUUGCUAAGACGAACGCUACUACAGCUGAGAUUGUACAGAGACUGCAGAAGCAUCCGAUGGUUAACGAUGUAUUCUACCCUACACUGGGCGAUGCCAAGAGUCUGUACGAUCCGUUCCUGAAUCCGGGCGACGAGGAGAAGCCUCGUUAUGGUCCGCUGUUCUCGAUCGUACUGCAUGGCGGCCUGGAGCCAGCCAAGGCAUUCUACAACGCUAUGACGGUCGCCAAGGGACCAAGUCUUGGUACGAACUUCACGCUGUCGUGUCCGUACACGCUACUCGCGCAUUAUGGCGAGCUGGACUUCGUGGAGUCCUGCGGCGUAGACCGCAACCUCAUUCGCAUUUCCAUCGGCCAGGAGGACGUUGAAGUUAUCUGGGCUGAUCUGGAGCAAGCCUUCGCCGCUGCUAGCGCCGUCUCGACGUCCAAAUAA